AAUUUGUUUGCCAACGGUAAGCAAGUUCAUACUAAACAUCUUGUUUUAUUAUUAGACAUGCUAAUUAUAGAACAAGUCUCACCUUCUACUUGACCUUGAAGACAGAUCGUUGAACAUGAAAAUAUACUCAUAGAAUGAAUCACUUAAUCAGGCUGUUAUGACCAUUCGGUAGUUGUAAUACUGUGUAAGACAUUCAAGGACUUUUUCAAGGUCAAAUUUGGGAUAUCCAAAGUUGCAUGAAUCCGGCGCAUCAUUUCAUCUUAUCGCUUUUUUUGAACAAUAAUAAUAUGGUAGGCAGACGUUGUAGUAUAUUAUUUGUAAACGUCCAAUGACAAACGAUUAAGUAGAAAGGUCAAGAGAAUGAUAACAUCAGUAUUUAAAUUGAUUACAGUUUGGAUAAAAUAUUAUGUAGUAUGAAUAAACGUUUUGGACAUGAUCACUGAUAUUCAGAACAGAAUGUACAGAGUAACAAGAAUCCUCGUUAACAAGGGUGCGUUGAAAAGGCAACAAUUUAUAAGAAAUACUUCCAUACGUUGCAUAAAUAAAAGUGAGGACCAAAUUAAAGCUUGGUAUGAAAUUCCUGGACCUUUAUCUUUGCCUGUUAUCGGACAGUUGCUACAUUUUCUUCCAGGAGGAUGGUUGUACAAACGCCCUAUGGAAUUGCAAGAGUUAUUGUACAAAAACUAUGGGCCCAUCGUCAGACUUGACGGGAAUUGGGGGUUUGAUCCAAUUAUCUUCCUCUACGACCCGGAAGCUGCUAUAAAUCUGUUUCGUAAUGAAGAUCCAUUACCAAAUCGGCCUGGUUUUGAUUCCAUAAUGUAUUAUAGAAAAAAAUACUAUAACGAGAGUGAUGACGAUCCAUCUGGUUUGAUUAUUGAUAAUGGAGAAUGUUGGAAAAAAAUGCGACAUAGCGUUAACCCGGUAAUGUUGCACAUAAAGACGAUUAAACAAUACGCUAAUAUAAUGGCUGAAGUUGCAGAGGAUAUGAUUAAAAAAAUAAAACAACUACGUAAUAACAAAAAUCAGCUCGAAGGUAAUAUAUUCACGGAACUGAACCUAUGGGCCUUGGAAUCUGUUGGGGUAGUUGCGCUUGGUCGCCGAUUAAAUUGCUUCGAUCCGAACUUACCAAAUGAAUCCCCUGUAAAAAAGCUAAUAAAUGUAAUUCAUGACGUACUAAAUGCAACAGAAAAACUAGAUUUUCAACCUAGCAUUUGGAAAUAUAUAGCAACUCCUGAUUUCAAGAAAGGAAUGAAGAUAUAUGAAGAACAUCUUAAGUUAAACGAGUUUUUCAUUGACAAAGCUAUAGAGCAAUUCAGAUUAAAGGAAGGAUCAAAUAAUAAAGAUAAAAGUAUACUUGAAAAGCUACUUGAAAUCGAUCGCAAAGUUGCAGUGGCUAUGGCAAACGAUAUGAUGUUUGCAGGUGUUGAUACGACUGCUGCUACCGUGUUGGGCUUACUAUACCUUUUGGCUAUAAAUAAGAAAAAGCAGUCCAAAUUAAGGAAAGAGGUCUUGUCGCAACAAGAAAAGCGUCCAUAUCUCAAAGCGUGUAUCAAGGAGAGUUUAAGAUUGUUUCCUAUUCUUAGUGGAAAUUUUAGAAGAACUACAAAAGAUCAUGACAUUUUGGGUUACAGAAUACCCAAAAAUAUGAAUGUAGUAAUAGGAAACCAGCAUUUGUGUAUGAUGGAGGAAGAAUUUCCAAGGCCUACGGAGUUUAUACCAGAGAGAUGGAUCGUUGACAGAUGUCAUCCGCUGCACUAUAGAAAUGCCCAUCCAUUUUCUUACACACCCUUCGGAUUCGGAGUGCGGAGUUGCAUUGGUCGGCGUAUAGCUGAACUGGAGCUUGAAACAUUUAUCGGCAAGAUUAUGGAAAACUUUGAAAUAGAAUGGUUCGGACCAUCACCAAAAAGAACACGAGCAAGUACACUCAACUUCUUCCUAGGGCCAUAUAAUUUUAUUUUUAAAGACAUUGAAUCGGGCAAUUUACCGGACAGUGAUAAAUUGUGAAAUAAAGCCACAUUUGCAAGAGUUAUUUUUUUCGGCAUGAAUAAUUACCACCUAUGCAAACAUUUAAUUUUUUCAAAUUACUGUACAUUUACAACCAAGAAAAGAUGAAGGUGGGGAAUGAAGAUGCAACGCAAAU